CACUCGCGGUCCGAUUAUCGUUACGUGUGCCACACGAACAUUGAAUUAAUUUUCCUUUUGCUGUACGUGAUCGUCGCGAAUUUUUUCAUAUAGCGAAAGCAUCCACGUGUUCUUCUCUUCUACACCCCCUCCCCCCCUCCGCUUUUCUCUAAGAUUUUUAAGUGUUUUUUUUUUUUUUUUAAAUAAAUCCCAGGGGGAAGUUCUCGUCCGUGACAGUGUCCCGAUGUCAUCCCGUACAAAUGUCUUUAGUUAUUUCCGGAAAUAGUAUGAAAUUCUGUUAUCACUAUACUUGGAACAGGGAAAUCGUGGUUAACUCCCAGAAAUUGGUCAAAAGACGUUGAGGGUCGCCCGAAGCCUCCUCCGAAGCCGCCCUUUUACGGAUCACGCCGCCUUUUACACACACUCCCUCCUCACUGCCAUUUGGAACUCUUAUUGUUAAUAUUAAGUUAAGGAGUAGAAGUUAAAGACUUUUAAUUUUAGGGACUUUUUCACCGGUUGGCUCUAUUCUUAGGCAAGGAAUUAUGGCUUUAUGUUAUGAACCGUCGUUCUUCUUGGACGACAAAAUGAUCCCGCUCAUCGACGAGGUACAACCGCCACGCGGCGCCGUCGCAGUACCCGUCCCACUCAAACCCGAAUACUACAAACCGGACCCUAACCCCACGUACCUCUUCAACGAGUUCGAAAAAGUUUACUUCGAAUUGAACCACAACGCUCUCACUCCGCCCCAAAGUCCUCCGAGCGAGCCGACCAUCAUAACAACCCUGGAACCGCUUAUGGGAGUCUCUACGUACCAACAAGUACCUGUGGUCGUGCCCGACACGAAGCCCCAGGAACAACAACAACAACAACAACUUUUCCCCGCGAAUCCGGACAAUUACGAUGCUGCGGCCACCCCUCAGCCCGAUAUCGCCCACGAGUUGGCGGUGGUGGACGAGCUGGUUCGCACCACCAUUGACGAUAUGCAGUGGGCCAGCGGCCCCUCGUCUCCAGAGAGCAGCAGCAACAGUAACUUCGGCGAUUGUUCGUCCUCGUCCUCUGAAGAUCCGGAGUGGACGUUGGACCAUGCGGAAAACUAUAAAGAUACUUCAUUCGGCCUUGGGCAGAAGGCGAAGCGGCGCGGUAGUAAACCGUAUUCCGCUUCGCCCGACGACAAGAAGAGCAGGAAGAAGGAACAGAAUAAGAACGCUGCUACUAGGUACCGCAUGAAGAAGAAGGCCGAGGUCGAGGAGAUCCUAAACGAGGAGAAAGGCCUUCUGGACAAACACGGGGAGUUGACCAAUCAAAUAACAGAUCUGCAACGGGAAAUCAAGUACUUGAAGGGACUGAUGCGCGAUCUCCUUAAAGCCAAGGGAGUUAUCAGUUGAAAGAAGAAAAAAAUUAUUGGGGGCCCUUCUCGGAACACCUCGGGACACCAUAACUACAGGACGAGGGGGGGCCUUAAUCGAUUUUUAUAAUUAUUUUACUGUCGAUAAAGAGUUUCAUCUAGAGCGAACGAAAGAUGUUUAAGUUUAAGCCUCUGCCCGCACCACUUGAAUAUUCACAUAUCUUUCUUUUUGAUAUGUGAAUAUUCAUGACAGCAAGUUUUAUUUUUUAGGUUAGGCCCAUGUAUUCUAUUAACACUUCAUUAGUUUAAGCGUUUUACUAAUCGACUUGUGGGUUUUUUUUUUAGAUUUAUUAUUACUGCAUACGACCACUUUCAUAUUAUUUACUGUGCCCUUAUAAUGCUGAAUAUAUUGUUUUAAAUGCUUUCAAAA